AUGCAGUACUCUAGAGUGUCAGAAGAAACUAGAACACAAGCUGGGCUGGACUCAUACUUACUAAAGCCUGUGCAGAGGAUCACUAAAUACCAGCUCCUGCUGAAGGAGAUGAUUAAGUACAGCAAAGGCUGCGAGGGCUCAGUGGAGCUGCAGACAGCUCUUUCCUCCAUACUAGGGAUCCUGAAGGCUGUAAAUGACUCAAUGCAUCUCAUUGCCAUCACAGGAUAUGAGGGUAACCUUGGAGACCUGGGUCGCCUGCUGAUGCAGGGGUCGUUCAGUGUGUGGGCAGAGCAUAAGAAAGGUCAUGUGAAGGUGAUAGAGUUGGCUAGGUUUAAGCCCAUGCAGAGACACCUGUUCCUGCACGAGAAAGCCCUGCUCUUCUGCAAGAAACGAGAGGAGAGCGGAGAGGGAUACGAGAAAGCCCCCUCAUAUAGCUUCAAACAGGAGCUUAGUAUGGCUGCUAUUGGAAUAACAGAACAUGCUAAAGGGGACAGCAAGAAGUUUGAGAUCUGGUCCAGUUCAAGGGAUGAGGUCUACACAGUACAGGCCGUGUCUGAGGAGGUUAAGACUAUCUGGGUGACAGAAAUCCGGAAACUUCUAACAGGACAGUUGGAGGCCUGCAAAGAGGCAAGUCAACAGAGGGGACCUGAUCAGUUCACCUCAGAUACCAGCUCAACUAACAGACUGGUGAAAAAUGAAUGCAGUAACCUCAGGAGUGGAGGAGUGGAGAAACAGAAGACAGAAGAGGAAAGAGGCAAAGAAUUUGAGAACAUUUUAGAACCUGGAACAACACAGAGAGUCAAAGGGUCGUCAUUCAGCUUUGAGACAAAACCAAAACGACAGGAUAUCCGAAGUGACCCUACACCUCUAGAAACAGGGCCACACCCUAACUUGGGCGGAGUCAGGUGGUUCAGUACAUCAAGCCUGUUUCAGAAUCGUAGGAGAGGUUGGUCUAAAGGAUCUCUUUCGCUGGAUGCCUCUGUGGAGCAUGAUGGAUACUUUAGUGCAGAGGAGCACAUGACCUCUGACCCCGAGGAGGAGAAGGAAGAAAAACCGUGUGAAGAUGAGCUGCAGUCUAUGAGGAUAGAGGAAGAGAUUCCGUUUUCUGAAGAGACUAAGGACCCUGAGGAAUGAGAGUUGAAUGGGAAUAUGUCCGUUAUGCCAUCAAUGUACAGCAUAUACACUGUGUCAUGCAUAACUCUGGAAAAGAGGUAAAUGAGACAUAUAAAACAUUAACUUGGAUGUUUUAAAUACUCUUAAAAAUAAAGGUUCAUGGGUGAACCACGUGGUUUAGAUUAUCCAGAGAAAGCUGUCUAUUAGCAUUCCCAGUCAUUUAAAUGUCAUUGUGACGACAAGUGCUUUUUAUGAGAAUACACAGCUAAUUUUAAAUAGUUGUCAAUGGAGGAAAAUGCUUUUUAGAACCAUACAUCUACCAGCAGGGGUGAUAGCAACCAGCCAAAAACCAAAAGGUUAGUCCCAAAAAUAGGUUAUCAGCCUCCACAUGGACCUUUUUUUAUUAUUUAAUUAUAAGAAAACAUCUUUAGACCAUAAUAUAAAUACCUAUAAUGUAACAUUGCAAAGAAAUGUAUACAUUGAAAAUUAACUCUUGUUCUCUUUACUCAGAGUUAUUUGCAAAGACCCAUUGAAGAAGCUUUAUUUUUAAGAGUGUAGUCUUUGAAUUCACCAAAAUAAUGCAUUUCGCAGACACCUUAUAGUCUUAUAGUAUGUUGUGAUACAUGUUUCAUAUCCCUUAAAACUUAGUAGUAAUUUGUGCCACAGUAAUUGUGUCUAUAAUGGGAUAUGACAUGUCUGUUGUCAAGUCCUGUAAUCUCUAAUGUGAAUGCAUGUGACAGCUGUUAUAUCAUUGUGUCUAGGAAACUAGGACCUUCUGUACAUGUAAAACAAGCAUAUCAUAUAUGCAGAUGUUGUUUCUCAAAGUGACUGUGAUCACCCUGUGCCAUUUGUAUGUAAAAUGUUUAAAAAUCAAAAUUGUUUUGUAUAUACAUUUAAAAAUAAAAUCAUA